CCUAAAACAAAAGCCAGGCCUAAAUCUGAGUUACACAGGACCAUAGUUGUCACCAUGGCAGAAGGUGAUCCCUCCCAGGUGCGGGUGAAAUUAGAGCAGCAAAAUAUCAAGGAACGCCUUAAUAUGCACGUGAAGCGGCGCCUCCAACAAGACCCGGACGUGCCCACUGAUAACUUUGAGUUCCCAUCUGGAGACAACAACGGACCUACGAACCUGAAGCGCACCAAGGUCAAAGAAGCCCCAAAACAACGAAAACCUUAUCAGAAACGCACAGAAAAGGCCAAAAGUGAGACUGCAAAGGGCAAGAAAGUUGGACAACUCGGGAGCCCGGCAACAGAUAUACCGGAACCCCUGGACGAGCAGGAGAUGGAGGGCGGAUCUCCGGAGGCUGUGGAGGUUAAGUCUUCUACUCGGGAUCGCUACAAAAAUGCAGAUAUACUCAACAUGGUGUUGAGCGUCAAAAAGUGCGCUCUAAUGCAGGAUCCCGAGGUUCAGGCCUUUUGGUCGAAAGUAAUGGCAGCCAUUAAGAGCUAGGCUUACAUAAGGCUAUAUAGAUAUUUAAGGAUAAUGAUUAAGAAUAUUAAUUUAAGAUAUUUUAUUUGUUUACUUAGUACUAUAUACACAAAGUGUGUUUGUUCAAAAUGGUUAUAUUUAUAAAGAUUUAUUCCGAAUACUUGAAA